AUGAGGACCAAAGCGACGACAGAGUUUUUCUUCGUGCUCUGCUUAGCAGUACAUUUGUUUUCUAGCGCAGCCUGGUGGAACAGACGACGUCGAUCCCAGUCUCCGCCACCCCGUUGUGUACCUCGGCCAUGCUCAGUCACUUGGACAUCAUGGAGUUCGUGUUCCUGCCCUUGUGGUUACGGUUGUACAAAAACAAGACAUCGAAGGAUUACUACUCCAGCAAACUCUUGUGGAAGUUGUCCAUAUCUCUCUAGUGAUACAGAAUCGUGUAACACAGAUUCAUCACUUUGCAACUACGGCGUGCAACUAUCUUAUGGGUGUCGCUGCAGACAAGGGUGGAAAGGAACUUGUUGUGGAAAUGGUGAGUACAACGCUAUCCAAAUUCUCGUUUAUUGUUUCAGUGUUGUUUAUAAUUUUUUACCCAUUCAUUUAUUCAUUAUUUUGGAAAUUUAGGUGCGAUAUUGAUGAUAGUCAUUUGUGUAGUUUUGGUAACUAUUUGUCGUCCCAAUCUUCAUAUUCCUGACCUUUCCUGACCCUGCUCCGCAGCAUCGACUUAGUUUGAAGGAGUGAAAGUUCUCGCUACGUAACAAGCUAAAAAUUAGAAGCUCGUACUCCUGUUCAUCGUAAGAUGAUGUUGAUCUAAGGCUUUCGAUUUACUCAAUUGUAUCAUUUCCUUAAUAAGCCACGCCUGAAAUUUUAAUGAAAUGGCAGGUGAGGCUUCUCUCCCUCCAGUGUAUUAGAAUCAAUGCAACGUGAAUUCUUUAUUUGAUCUGAGGUACAAUGUUUGCAUUAUACUAUAUGUAGAUUUAGCCUAGCCUAAAGGCGGAGCUCAUCAUAGUUAUCUGCAUUUUAUUUCAAACAAUAAACUUAAACCAUUGUGUUUUGAAAAAGAGAGAGAAUCUGAUAUAUUUUACUUACAACCCAUUAACUUAUCACAAACUUUAAUCUAACACAGUGACGGUCAAUGGAUUAUAAUGUUUUUCUUCUGAGAUUAUCCUAAUGCCGUAAAAUUCCGAAAAUAAUCCCCGGGGCUUAUAUUUAAUCAAAGGCCCUUUUUGAGGGGCUUAUAUACGGAGAGAAGUUUGCGUUUCAAAAUCGGCUAGGCUUAUACUUGGAGGGAAAUUUGCGUCUCAAAAAUCGAUUGGGCUAGCUUAUAGUUGAAAGGAAAUUUAUGUCGAUAAUUUGCAGAGAGUUUUUACUGAAACUCGCCUUGAGGACCUUCCUAAAACCUAGCCGUGCAAGUACUUUGUCUGUAUGGACCGAGGAAAUCCAAGCCAAAAGUGAAGAGUGAACUACGCAAACAGCAAUAAACCGUGACACUUUGUGACUACAAACACUUGGCACACGUAAUAGUUCUUUGGCAAAUACAAAAAUGUAUAUGUUACUGUACCGUGUUGCUUUGUUUUAUUUUGUAUUUGAGAGCACUUUCCAAGUACAAGCCCCCGGGGGCUUAUAUUCGGAGGGGCGAUUUAACGGAGGUGUUUUUGUGUUACGAGUUUGAGGGGUUUAUAUUUGUAGGGGCCUUUUCAUACAUGGAGGAGCUUAUAUUCGGAAUUUUACGGUAUAUUAUUACCGCAGCUUUAAUGUAUCAAGGCUCAAAACUCGAUUUCUUAACAUUUUAUGUCAAUAAUUCCUGUUAUGUUCACAGACUGUUGUACCGUGGCAAACGAAACAGUAUUAAAAUAUUUCCCUCUACAUUUGCUUGUUUGAAUGAGGUUGGGUCUGUUGAACAAAAUUGGCUACAACGUGAUUUCGUCAAGUUCACGCCUGCCUGGCGAAGCGAAAGAAAGUCUUCAAAAUAUUUAUUUUCUUCCACAUUCUUUUCCAAUCUUUGAUAAGGACCAGUUAGCGAGACCCAUUGAAACUGCUUAAAAGUGCAUAUAUAUCAUACUCACGCCGAUACACUGCAGCUCCGCCAAGUUGCGAAAUUCCAGACUUUUUAGGGUAAGGCACAAACCACUCACAAAAGAGUCGCUGACGCAAAUUGCAGUGCGGGGAAAGGACCUCAUUAGCACUUUGGAUGGGAUGUUGGAAGUACUAGAAUUAAAUCCUUUGGCGUCAACUUUGGCCACUUCUUCACAGCAGCUCCUUCCAAGAAGGAGGACGGGUUAAAAAUGAGGUCUUCUAUAAAAUGAAACAUUGUUUCUGUGCAGUAGCUUAGGCAUUUCAUUUAAAUUGCCGUAGUUUUCCACUCCAAUCUACUUUCGUAUGGACGUUAUUAAAAUGUUCAUCGUGGAAGGCCAGUGCCAACAGAAAUCGAUUCCUAGGCUGCCUCCUGUACAGGAAGUUUUUUGCGCUCCUAAUUUUCCUUGCAUCGACUUUUUGUCCCCCUCCCCUCAUGACUUUUAAUCGGUACACUGUCCCCUAUGGCAAGGGUUUGAACGCUAUUAGUUGAGGCUAGUCUCAAUUAUACCUUUAUAGCGGCUGCGGUUCGUGAAUCUCCAACAUGUUGACGAUAAUAUAUAUGACUGAAUUUGUCAGCAAUAGGGAUGAGAGGACAGAAAAUGUCGUCAGAAACGGGCGUCAAUUCGUUAAUUAGCACUACUGUGUAAUUUGUAGUUGUUUUUUUUUUGUAGAGUAAUUUGGAGAGUUUGAUAGAAACAAUAAAGUUUAGGGGUUGGAAUGCACCGGUAUUUGAGGGAAAAACGGUACUCCCGAACCCAGAUUGUUUCUAAGGGAAACACGCAGCUGGUAAUAAUAAAAUGCUUUGAGAAGACAUUGUUCAAUAAACCCAGUUAUUCAAUCAAAUUUGCCAAUUUUAAUAUACCGAGGGACUAUAAAUUCGAGAAUUUCUGGUUUGAUUUUCUUUUUCUCAUUUCUUACAUCUUCUAGAUUUAUUAAAGUUUAUUAUCAUAACAACAACAACAUAAGCUUUAUUUGCAUGACUAUAAUUAUGUAGUUACGGAAUUGCAAAAGCUUUAAGCUACAGUCAAUCAAGUGUCAUCAGCAUGAUUUGAUUACAAAUUAUUGCGUAAAUCAUUACAUAAUGAAACAAAUUUCAACAAAUGUGAAUUUACGGAAAAAUACCUUGAAUUCAUCAAUUUAAUUAUUAAUUCUUUGUAAUUUUGUUGGAUUUGAAUGUAGAAUUUCUCCCUCGGGAUUGAUUAUUUUGGACAAUGGAGGAGAAAAUGAAAUUCGUCUUCAAUUAUACCAGAGUUACAAAUAGGGCAGAAUCUAUCGUUGCGGGAAGUUUGAUUAUAUCUUCCAGUUUCAAUCAUGAGUUUGUGGUUACCUGUACGAAUUUUCACUAAGUCUUUCCUAUUGGCAGAAUUUCUAAUUAAGUCUAGAUAACUUGAAAUUAUAUAAUCAUGUUUAAAUAAGCUGUAAAAUUGUAGUUUAUUAGAAUGAUAACUAUGAUUGUAUGUUGUAAAUUAUUAGGAUCAAAAUCAGGCAGGUCAUAAUAUUCAGAUAUUUUCAUAAGAUUAUGGUAAAAGCUAUUUUUACCAUUACAGUGAAGUUCUAGCGAGGUACGAAAGGCUUGUUUAACAAUAGUAUCCUCGUUUUUACGCAGAAGAUACAAUAUGUAAUAAAGGAUGUUUUUAUAAAUAUUAAUAAUUAAUGAAAACCGUCCUAAUUCACUUCUACUUGCAACAUUUGAAGCUUUAUUUAUGAAAGUAUUGGGUAAGAUUUGUGGAUUUUUUUGCAUUGGUUACUAGGUCAUUGUUUCUUGUAAACAAACAAUAUUAAACGGGAGCUCCUCUUUCAGGCUUGCCCAACUCUAAAUUUUAUAACAAUCAUGAUUAUUUUGACCUGCGGUAGACAUAGAUGAGUGCUACACCUCAAGUCCAUGUCAACAUUACUGCCACAACACGCCUGGAAGCUACACUUGUAGCUGUUAUUCCUGUUAUUACAAAGUCGGGACUCGAUGUGAAUUAAAACAGUGCAGAAUUGGAGGCCAAUGUUAUUCAUAUAACGAGGUGAACCCCCGGAAUCAGUGUCAGGUAAAUUUUAUAGAUACUUGUAGCAAUAACAUCUUGUCUUUUGUGGAUUCAGUUCUGGCUAUAGUGAUUUUACGUGCUCUGAGACAACUGAGUCACGUAUCAGUUAGGUCCUUUAAAACCAAUGAUUAUAAUUUUUUGCUAGAGAUGUGAUAGGAGAUACAAGAGAAGUUGGACGAACUACAAUUUUCUUCGAUGCAGUGAUAGUGAUGCUUGCACUAGAAAUGACCGCUGCUUUAAUGGCAGAUGUAUUGGUACACCGUUCACGUGUCUCUCAUGUGAAGAAUGUUACAAUGACGCAUGUCGCGUCAAGCCAGGAUAUUGCACGAUCUCUGUGAGGGGCCGCUGGAGCUGGACGAGGAGAAAAACGUGCUUCACCCAUGGGAGUCGUAGGCGAAACUAUCCAUGCCAGGUCACUACCUCACAUUAGAAUAACUUAAAAUGCCUUAAAAUAAUCUAUGAUAUACAAAAUAACCUUACAAUUAACAAUCCGUCUUUGAAAUGGCGGUAACUAUCGCGAGUGAAGGAAAUUAUAAAGUAUAUACACACGUCCAUGUGAUUGACUGUCCGAUUCAUGCGUGAAAAACGCGCUUGAAGAAGCUCAAAGUUGCAAUGAGUCUUCGGGCAAGAUUGGGCAUGCAAAGCCAGGUCGAACCUGCGAGUGUAAAUUUGCAGUUGCCGCUUAUUACCGCUUGAAAGCUAAAAAUUCGUGUGGCGGUUCUCGGGGUAUGACAGGGCGCUCAGAUCAUGUCGUUUGUCAAAUGUGACAGGUGAUAUUGCGUUUUUUUUCUUCGUUGUAAGAUUUUUUGAGAUAUCUCUUAAAUGUAGGUCAUAAGGACGAUGAAAUGAAAAUUGUAAAAUUUAUAUCCCGCGAUAGACUGGAAAACAGUCGAUUUUUUCUCCAAACUGUUUGCGCUUACUUGAAUACGCAAAAAGACGGACUGUUUUGCAGUCUACCGUUUUUAUUCGAAUAAGCGCCCAACCUCGAAUUAGCGCCCACCUCGAAUAAGCGCCCAUCCUAAAGGCAGAAAAAGUUAAUAAGCGCCCAGCCUCGAAUAAGCGCCCACCCCACCACACAAUCCUCCCACUCCCACUCAAACUCAAAUUAGCGACCACCCCUUAAACUGAAUAAGUACUAAUAAGAGACUUUCCCGAAGACGGAGUUUUCUUCAAAGUAUUUUACAGGAACCUUGCUUUGUUACAUCUUCGCGUUUUGUUAUUACCAUUUAUUGUUUUGUCGCAAAAUACACAUACUACACUUGCUGAAAAUGUUGAAAAUUUAAUAAGCGCCCAGCCUCGAAUAAGCGCCCACCUCGAAUAAGCGCCCACUCUCAAGGUCCAAAAAUUUAAUAAGCGCCCAGGGCGGUUAAUCGAAUAAAUACGGUAAUUCCUCGAACAAGCUCUCUGUUUGGAGGAGAUCCAGAGAAGUCACGCGCGCGCGGCACGCGAAAGAAGACUUUGCAACAGGGGUUGGAGAGAAACUCUUCUUCGCCCCUCGCUAGUGCGUUUUUUUUUUUUUCGCGGCUUCGCCAAUCGAAAUGGAGAGCAUGUUUGCAGGCGGUAUAUUUGUUUGGGUAUUCGUCCGUUCAUUUGCUAUUCGGCGAGCCAGUUCAUUUUAGGAAUUUUGGGAAAAAGUCCGAUUUGUCCCUUCGCAGCAACUUUUACAUGCUGAUUUGAUAUUCAAUCAAAUUCAUUCACUUUAUUGAUUUGAGCAUUAGCAUUGUUGCGCAAACCUCUAAAUAUAAGGAUUUUGGGGAAACAACGACUGUUUUUGUAACCUAGGUUUAUGACGAGAUUUAAACUCAAAACGGCUUCCGAUAUUUAAGUUGUGUGUUUCGUUUUUCUUGUGUGGUUCACGAACCGAUUUAUGCCAUCCUGUUAACGUUUAUUUUAUGGAAGGUUACGCUACAAAGCCAACACAUAUUCUGUGCUACAGCUACCUGUGAAGUAAUUUGUAUGUCUUAAGUACUUUUAAGGUAAGGUAAAGAGAAGCAAAUUUAUAUCAACGCGGAUGGACUCAUUGGUGCGCUCAAGUAUACGCUCCGCUUCUUGUUUUUUUUUUUUUUUGCUUUUUUGUCUGUGUAUUUGGUUAGUAUUUUUGUUAAUUUUGUAGCGAUAAUGUCAAUGAUUUUUCUUUAGCAAUGUGAUAGCAACAACAUACAUCGAUGGACCUAUAACAACAACCUGCGAUGCAGUGACUACAACAGUUUGACCAAGGACGACCGUUGUCGUAAUGGAUAUUGCAAAGGAACACCUUACAACUGUCUUUCAUGUGAACAACAUGAUGGACGUGGCUGUCCAAUAAAACCAGGGUACUGCAUCAUUCAGAAAGGAAACCAAAGAACGUGUUAUGCCAAGAAUCAGUAUAAACCAGGAAAUCCUUGUCAGGUAAAAUAUGGUUUAAGUUAGGGUUUACCAUUACAGGUAUAUCCAAUUCAAAGUAUUAGCUGUCGACAAUUAAUGUUACUCCUCUACCGGUCAUUAUACAAUGAUGUGAAUGCUACUGUGCUGUGAUUGGUCGUUGUCCGUGAUCUAAUAGAGUUCACAUAUAUGGAUGACGUCACGAGAAACUUGUUUUCUUUGUUGUGUUCGACAUGGCGCGCGGUUUUGUGAAAUUAUUUCGGAUUAAAGCAAGUGAAAGCCUCGAAAAGUUUAGAAAAAAAGUUUAGAAAAAUGGAGAAACGGACACAAAAAGAGCCCUUGACUAAUUGAGAAUGCUUAAACUACCAGGAAUCUUCACAAAAAUUGCCAUCGUGUGUCAUCGCUACGAGAGACUCGCUGUUUUGCAAAAUGUUUUCGCCAUUAUUCUGCUUUGAGCAAGAAAAGACGUUGAAAAACUUUUAGAAGAAACUGUAUACAAAUACGAUAAAGGAAAAAAGAAGAAGCAGGGACGAAAAAUAGCGUUUAGGACUAAAAAAUGAUGCCUAAACUAGCACAGAUCCUUGAACAGUCAAGCGGUACGAGGCAGGUAUGUGUAUCGGUCUUUUUUUCUUUUCUGAUCAUUGUAUAAAACAAAUAGAUUCCAUGUUGCCGUGGGUCUGUUCAGUAAUAUAUCACAGAGGACGUCAAAAUGUGCUAAAAACAUCAGUGACACACUCGCGUGCGGUUCGUGAGCCACUUCUUUGUUUUUUUCCACAUUUUGACGUCAUUUGCGAUCUACUACUGAACAGACGCACGGCAAUAUGGAAUCUAUUUGUUAAAUACAAAUUUUUUCUUACCGUAAAACAGUCCAGUUUCCGCGAACGCAACCUCGCCUCUCCUUAUCGGACACUUUGUCUGGUCCCAAAGGUUUAUCUUGAAUUGUGAGGCAUUUACCAUAAAUCCUCUAAUAGACCCCUCCCUUUUUCAAAAGUGCUUGAAAUUGAUAAGCCCCCCCCCCCACCCCCCGGGGGGGGGGGGUUGAUAUAGGAUUUACGCUAAUAAAACUACUGCAGCAAGUCAGAAAACAUUCAAGUAAAUGUUCUUAUUUAAAAAACCUGGAACAUCAGUGGCCCUUAUUUUGUUUGCUUGCUUGAUCCUAAUUAGGAUUAAAACUAUGGCAUUAACUAUAUUUAACAAUUUUUGACCUUAAGUGGUGUGACCCAGGAAAAAGCACUAGUACGUGGACAAAUCGCAAAGGCGUGGCUUGUGAUGAUGGUGACAAGUGCACACGUGGUGACACGUGUCGCGGAGGCCAAUGCAUUGCGACGCCAUUCACAUGCAAUUCAGUGUGCCAGUACUGCAAUGGCUAUAACUGCAGUCUGAAAACAGGAUUUGGAUUCGUAAACAACAAGUGCACGUGUAAACUAGCAGGUAGAUGUAACUUAGUAACUUCCGUCAUAACUAACAAUAAGUUAGGUUCAAAUUUCCACCUUUUUCUCGGUCCCUCUCGAGAAGAGACGGCUGGACGCGUGAUUCGCCGAUCCUGUCUGUGACGUAAAUUCAAACUUUAAUUUAUGCGUCGUUACCAAGCAAUAGAAACGGAAAAAAGUCAUCAGACACUGAACACUUGUUGUCGUUUUUGCCUUUUCGUCGCGUUGUUCUUCGCCAAUAAACUCAGAAGAAAUGCCUACCAUUGAUCAUGCAAAAGUCAGGCGUGAAAUUACAACAGAAAUGGACUUGAAAGUCGUCUCUUCCAGGAUGGCUUGCAACAAACAUCGAUCGGUACAGACUAAAAAAUAAUUGAGAAUCCAGAUCCGGUUGGUUGAACUGCAAAAACAUCCUCACCAUUAGGAGCUUCUCUUACUCCUUUCGUUGUAAAUAUUUCAGGUAUUUAGACAUGAAACGCUUUAAACCUCAAUCGCACGCCUCAUUAAAGAACGCCUUCGCCUUCGCCGUUUUAAAUCUGCUUCAGGAAAAAUAUGUUAUGCUCCCUUUUUGAUUUGAGCAGACAAAGAUCUGAUGGAUGGAAAUAUCGACAACAGCAAACUUACGCACGUCCAGGAGCGCAGGCUCAUUUCCCGAACAGCGAAUGGUAGUCGAGACCAACAGCUGGUCUUUAGAAACAUCUAUAUCAACAGAUCAAGGAUUUUAUAUACAGGACAUACUUUUGCCUCCGCCAAAAAUAGGUUCCCUCUGUCAAGUGAAUAUCAAACGUCUAAAAACUGAACAAGCUAUUUUAUUGUCAAGCCAAUGAUGUUUUUUGUGAGUUGGACCUCGUAGAGGAGCUUUCUCUGUGAGUUAUCCAGGCCUCUUGGCGAAGCUUGUAAAUAAAUAAAUAAAUGAUUUUAGGGUGAUGAGAAAUAGGUAUAUACCCGAAGUACCAAUUAGUUUAUUUUCAUGUUUGUGGAAGCUCAUUUUCAGUAUAAAGCUUAAAAAAGCUUAGUCCGCCCCCAGGUUGAGUACUGCUUUAGUGUUUGGGACUCCGCCCCCCCACCCAGGCGUUGAGAAUACCGGUUCAUAUAACAUCGAAAGGAUACAGCACCACGCAGCUCGAUGGUGCCUGCGCCGAUACAACAACACAGCUAGCGUCACCAACGUCCUUGAAGAUCAAGGAUGGCGUACCCCAGGGCAACGUCGGACUGACAGCCGGCUCACAGCCCUCCUUAAGAUCACACGGGAGCUCCUCUCUGUUAACCCUCACGGGCUUCUGCGCUCUGUCAUGAGCAGAAAACGUCGCUAGCAUUCGGAAAGUUUCAUCCCGCUUGAAACUAGCCUGUCCUCUGGGUAGCUAUCCUUUUUUUCAAGAACAUUUAUUUAGUGGAAGAGUUUACCCGCUUCCGUCUUUAGCGAACAAUGUCCUUUAAAUACUUUCAAAGCCGAAUCAUCUACCUGUCUAUUAUUUUGUUUUGCUGACCAACUCAGCCAAUAAUCCUCAAAUAUGAGGGGUAGGCUGUACAAGGUGAAUGUAAAUGUUUGAUUGUACAAAGUGAAAAAAAAAAUGCAUUUGAACAGAAAAUACCACAUAAAUCUAUCACUGCGGAUGGCGAUCAUUAAGCCAAAUACGUGUAAUAAUUGAAAGUACAUUUUUGCUACAGGCACGGACUAUGGCCACCAGACAUUAAAUCCAUCGAACCAGUGUCAGUGGUGUGACCUGUAUGACUCAACAGCUCGUGCUAACAGUGUCUGGUCAGAUCGCCCUGCAAUAGCUUGUGACGAUCAAGAUGCAUGCACCAAGAAGGACACUUGUGAUGCAGGCAGGUAUGUACGAGUAAGCGCUUGUACUCGUGGUUCGUUGGUGGUCUACUAUUUAAACAACGUAUUUUGCCUAGUUUUAUCUAGUUGUAAAUCAGAGAUGACACAAAAAUCGUACAUUAUAGGAAGCGACCAAUUGCAGCCUGCGUAGUUUUCAGUACAUUGUGUGGAGGACAGUACACAUGGUACGGUACCUUAAAACUGCCAUAAAGUUUUAAACUGAAGAACACAAUUAUUUCUGUAGCUUUUCCUGAAGCAUCAGUGUUCACAUUGCUGGCAGUUAUUAAUUCUCUUUAAGAACGCUUUUGGAAGCAAAAAAUUCGAUAUAGCUUCGAUCUUUAUUUCAUUCGUGAUCCUUUCUUUGCAGUUACUGCAAUAGUGAGUGGUAACAAAUUAACAAGUAGAUUUGUGUCAAUGGUUUUUAAGGCAGCCUCUUCCCGAGAUUAUCGUACGGCGUAAGUUACAUUGUACGUUACAAUGUAUCUUAAAACUUCAGGUGUCUUGGUCAAGGAUACUCUUGUCAAUCUUCUUUCCCAUCCCCGAGUUGUAUCCAGACGUCUGUGUGUGUUGGUGAUGGUACAUGCCGCUUUACAAUGAAGUCAAAUGGAACAGUAUGUCGAGCAGCUACAGACAAUUGUGACACACCAGAGAGGUAAGACUUCAAAGGAUUAUCUCAAUUUCAUGAAAAAAUCUCACAGAUGUACUCAUUCUUAGAGGCGAGUCCCCAUUUUAGUUGCAAAUAUUUCUUAUGUAACUCACUUAUGCCAGACAAAUUGGCGGUGAUAAAAUGGUCAACUCAGGUUUUCUGAAGGGUUAACCAGUAGACUGGGGCUUCAUAUCGGGGACAUUGGUUCAAUGACGUGGCGGUUUAUUAAACCUGUCCUGAGGUUUUACGACCUUUUAAGUUAAUUGCUGAUUUAUGUUUGAUAAAGGUGUAAUGGUGUCCUUAUGACCUGUCCUGAAGCAGUGACCGAUAGCAUCUUGUUAAAAGCAGGCCAAGUGCAGUUCAUGGACUCAAGGUUUCACUCAAUCGUCACUCACCAGUACUUUACUGACAGGGUGUAUUUGGAGCUCUCUGGAUUCUCUGUGUCUUGUGGAAAGAUUCAUUUUACAUGGUUCCUUCUUUCUGGAAUGUCGUCUUGUUCUUUAAAUUCGUCCUUUAGUGGCUCUUUACCAGGCACCAGCAGAUAUCACACUAUAAGUGGAUUGACAAUGGAAGAUUACAAAAACUACAAAUUUGCCUUGAAAGCGUCUGACAUGCGACUGCAGGUAUAUAAAGUAGUCUGCAGUGAUUUAAUAGUCAUAGAUACAUCAAAGCCGCAAGAUGGGUGGAUUCGGGAUGGGUCUGCGAGUGACCUGAGUUACCAAGCUUCCAAAUUAUUGCAGGUAAACUGGGGUGGAGUACUAGCAAGACACGGUGUUGGCAAUUACGACUGGAAAGUUCUCUUAACCCCUUCCAACACAAAUCAGACCAUGGAACUUAUGCCCUUUACGAACGUUUAUCAGAACACUAGCGCACAAAAAACAUUCAACAACAUCACAGACGGUUCAAAAGUAAAAUUCGUUGUUCGAGCUUACACCAAAGCGGGACUGUUUUCAGACCUCACGAGUAACGGCGUUGUCAUCGACACGUCAGCACCUGUUGCAGGAAAAAUCUUUGAUGGUGAUCAAGUUGGCUUAGAUUUAAAAUUUGCUCAAUGGUCGAAUACCCUCAGUGCAAACUGGGACCGCUUUAUUGAUCCCCAUUCUCCCAUUUCGCGUUACACUUGGGCGGUACAGCGACUAGGCACUGGAUUAAUUACCUCAUUUAAAGCUACAGCACUUAACCGCGCUCCUACAGCAACUAUCCUUAACCUAGUUUCCGGCGAGAGCUACUGCGCAGUUGUCAGAGGCUAUAACGAGGCUGGUCUUUACACCCAAGUCAACUCAGACUGUGUGUUGAUAGACCACGAUGUACCGCUAGCUGGUACUGUAAAUGAUGGACACUUCCAUGAUGUAGACUACCAAUCGGAGGACACCAUGAUAGCAGCUAAUUGGCAUGGUUUCACUGAUGGGAGUAAAGGAAGUGGAAUUGUGGAGUACAGAUGCAAAGUCACAGAAGACGGUGGAGCUACAAUUGUUCCCUGGACAUCUGCUGGCAAUGCCAGUAACAUAACGCUUAACGGGUUGGUUCUCAAGAAUAACACAAAGUACUUCGUUACCGUUAAAGCAGUCGAUGCAGUGGGACUUAGUACUGACAUCACUACGGAUGGUGUUACUUUAGACACAACACAUCCUGUUUUCACAGGAAAAGUGAUCGUUACCGGAGAAGAUGACGUGAUAAAUGGAACUCCUUGCGUUUACAUUUCAAGUGUAUCCUCAGUAACUGUGCAGUGGAAUGGUUUCUCUGACGCGCACAGUGGUCUUCAGCGAUAUGAAUGGGCGAUUCUCCCCACAGACAAGUCUUUCUCAAACUCUGACUUCAAAGAAGUAUCUGGAUCCAGUCUUCCGACAUUUGCAACAUUUUACAAUGUAGCGCUUAUUCAAGGAAAGGGGUAUUAUGUCAUCAUACGAGCCUAUAAUGGCGCCAAGCUAUAUAAAGACGCGUUCUCAGUCGUUGUGAUACCCGACUACACCCCUCCAUCCCCUGGAGAGGUGUUCGACGGACCAACAUUCAAAGUAGAUAUCGACUAUCAGGCUGAGAUUCAACAUGUUUAUGGGUCUUGGUCAAGUUUCUCUGAGCCUCACAGUGCAGUCAAGCAGUACUACUAUGCCGUAGGAAGCUGUAUAUUUGGAAACUAUCAUAUUACUCGAAACGGAUUCACUCAAACCGACCCUCCAACGGCUUCUUCAUUUUUGAUUUCAAACGUUUCACUUGUUAAUGGCCAGCGAUAUUGCAUCAAGAUUAAGGCUGAAAACAAAGCUGGGGUGAUGAGUUACGAAGUAUCAUCAAAUGGUUUUGUCGUUGACGUAACACCUCCAAACACUCGGAGAGCUCAAGUGCGUGACGGAAUCACGGGUGCGGAUAUAGAUUAUCAAGCUAAUACCACAGCAAUUUCAGCUGAAUGGGAUGGUUUUGCUGACCUUGAGUCUCAGAUACAAUAUUAUGAAUAUGGAGUAAGCAGAAAUCGUGCUGGCACGCCUAAUGUUUAUCCAUUAACAACUAAUGGCCUUAACACUUCAGCGACUGAAGGUGGCUUAUCGCUGACUGAUGAUGUCUACUACUUCAUAGUUUGUGCCGUAAACAAUGCGGGGUUACGCAGUUGCAUCAGCUCUGAUGGAGUACUUAUCGAUUUGACUCCUCCAAGUCAUGGUGUAGUGCACGACGGCAUCAUUGAGCCAGAUCUCCAGUAUCAGUCUUCCUUGUCAAGUAUGGCUGCCAACUGGGAAGGAAUCUGGGACUUGGAAAGUGGAAUCGAAAAAUUUGAGUGGAGCAUUGGAACCAGUGAAAAUGAUAAGGGCAGUGUUCAAGACUAUGUCGAUGCUGGACUCUCUACUCACGUUAGAAGUCAAGUGGCCCUCAACCUAUCCAGUGGGACAAAGUAUUAUGUUCAUCUUAAGGUACUCAAUCAAGCAGGAGCUGUCAGAGAACUUGUUUCAGAUGGUGUGAUUGCAGAUGGGACGCCACCAAUACCGAGCAAAAUCCAUCCAGGAUUUGGAUCCCAAGAUGGGUGGAUAUUCCGUGAACAAAAGAAUGCCUUCUACUCUGCUUCGGGCUCAAGUAUCGCUGUUUACUGGGACCAGUUUUCGGAACCCGAAAGUGAGGUCUGGUACUAUAAAUGGGCCAUAGGUACAAGCAAAUGCAGUACUCAGGUUCAACCACUAAUUAACGUAGGUCGGUCAAACUACGCCAACACCACAACGACAAACCUCGUAUUUAGACCUGGUGUGAGAUAUUAUACGUCCGUGAUGUCAAGGAACAAAGCUGGCCUAGUGUCAAGGGCAUGCUCUGAUGCGCUUGUCUUUGACAGCACUCCACCGCUUCCAGGAAUUAUUCACAUAAAACAACCGCCAGGAAGCAAUAUAACUAAAACUUUCAUCUCUAACAACAGUGCGGCUAUUAAUUGGGAAGGUUUUAGUGACCCAGAGAGUGAAAUACAGCGAUGCAAUAUUUCAAUCAUUGACCAAGAUGGCGACAUUAAGUUCAUGGAGACUUCCAAUUCAACUUCUGGAUUUAUGAUGAUACCUGAAAACGUCCUCUUCGUACGUGGUCAAUACAAUAUUAGCGCAUGUUGCGUCAACAAUGCAAAUCUUGCUUCCUUCUCAAAGUCAGUUUUUAUCGUUGAUAACACGCCACCAGUUCAGUCUGGUCCUGUUGUAACGGGCAUAUCAUGCGAUGGCGCUUUACAUUAUCAGUCCGAUGAUAAAUCUAUUAAAGGAUCCUGGCCACCGUUCACGGACCCUGAAAGCGGUAUAGAAAGAUAUUAUGUGGCAAUUGGUUCACAACCUUAUCAAGGCGAUAUCAUUGGUUUUGAAAACGUGUACCUCGCCACUCGCAUAAACAAGACCGAUGUUACUCUUUCUCUAGGUGCUAUAUACUACAUCACAGUCGUAGCAGUAAAUCGUGCUGGAUUGAGCACGAACGUAUCAUCUCUUGGCCUUUUGAUAGACAAAACGCCCCCUCUUGCCGACAAUACUCAUAUCAUAGAUGGUAUGCAUGGUGCAGAUAUCGACUACAUCUCUCCUGAUACUGUACUAUCAGCCCACUGGGAAAAGAUAGCAGAUCUCGAAAGCGGUAUUAUGCAAAGUCAGUAUUGUGUUGGAACCAAACCACUUGGUUGCCAAAUAAAACCAAUGACCAGUGUUGGUAGAAAUUUGUCUUUCACUUGUCCAGAUUGCAUCAUUCAAGAGGGUUUGAGAUUGUAUGUAACAGUGCGGGUGACAAAUGGUGCUGGUCUUAGUGAGACACGACACUCUGAUGGAAUGUUGUUGGAUGUUAGUCCUCCGCUAAUGGGCAAUGUUCAUGAUGGAAGUCAUGUAACUGGAAUGGACUACAAUGUAGUUCUUGAGGAAUGGAAUAUUUCUAUGACUUGGUUUGGAGUGGAAGAUGAUGAAAGUGGCAUACGAUCUUGCAAAUGGACCAUUGAAAGUAACAGUGGGAGCAUAUUUCAUACCGAUGAAAUUGGCAAUAACACCAUUUAUGAAGAACGAAAUCUAUUCUCACUCAACCAGACAUACAAAACUCUCCUUGUCAUUCCUAACGCGACUUAUUUCAAUGUUUUGACCUGCAUCAACAGAGCAGGCUUACAUUCCACCGUGCGCUCUAAUGGUUUCCAAAUAAGGAGCAUUUGGCCCAUCCCAGCUGUUGUAAGAGUUGGUGCAACCCGAGGCAAAGACUCAGCUUAUGUAACAAGUUACAAAAUCAUAAGUACCAAUUGGGAUCCAUUUUUUGACGAUGAAAGCGAUCCUGUUGUCGACUACGAGUUAGCUGUCGGGACAGUAACAGACAAGGAGGGUGUCCUUGGCUUCACUAGUGUAGGGUUGGGAAGGAUUGUUGAAAUAGACUUGGCUCCGGGCAUUCCAGAUCUUGAAGUCCUAGAGACUGGUGUGACGUAUUACAUCACCAUAAAAGCGACUUCUUUGCGUGGUCUUAGUUCUAUGAAGCGCUCCACUGGCUUUACUGUAGACCCUAGCCCGCCAAUGGAAACGGAACUUUUAGUGUCACACAAAGUUAUAGAUCAGAUUGCACGAACAGUUGAAAUAAGAGUUUCUUGGAAUAGUGUUAGGGAUAGCGAAAGUGGCAUUAGUAACAGUGAGUAUUGUCUAGGUACAACACCUGGUAGGUGCCAAAGCGCCUCUAUUCCAGCGGGUCUUUCUACCUUUGGAACUAUUGGCCCCUUUAGGCCUUAUCCAUGGGUUCAUUAUUACGUCAUCGUCGCGGUUACUAAUGGAGCUGGUCUGAUAACAGUGAUGUCCUCAAGGAAGUUAUUAUUUGACACCACUCCUCCAUCGAAGGGUAUUGUUAUCGAUGGUAUCGGCCCUGACAUUGAUUACAUGAAUUAUACGAGCUCUUUGUCGAUUCAGUGGAAAGGGAUUGAUGACCAAGAGUCAGGUAUUGCAAAUUGUUCAUGGACUCUCAUUGAACAGUCUGCAUCUGAUAACAGAACUGCAUUUGAAAAUGAUACUGUUGUGUUAACACAACCCGUGAAAAGCAAAGGAAUCCUCACACGUGAGAAUCUCAGCCUGAUACCAGGCGCCCGUUACGUCAGCAAGAUCGCGUGCUCCAAUUAUGACGGUUUCAUCUCUACGUCCUUCUCUGAUGGUGUUGUUGUAGAUGUUACUUCGCCAAGUGCUGUUCUUGUGCGAGACGGUUCAUCUCUAUCAACUGACGUGGAAUAUCAGUCAUCGACAAGGGUAGUAGAGGCAAUAUGGAGUCCCUUUGAAGAUCAUGAAAGUGGGAUCAGCGAAUACAGGUGGGGCUUAGGGACAAUGCCUGAUGAUGUUAGCAUCAUGAAAUUUACUUCUACUGGAAAGGACACAACGGGAAGAGCAUGGAACGCCACUCUUUCCCAUGGCGUUAGGUAUUACGUUACUGUGGAAGCUACAAAUGGUGCCGGGAUGACGUCACAUGGUUGGUCCAGUGGGUUUACUGUUGAUGUAACUCCUCCUGAGAUCACUGAGGUAAAUAAAGCUCACAAAUAUUUUUACUACAUAGAGGUGCAAUUUGCAGAUGUAAAAUCAAAAAAGCAAAUCGGAAGUAUUUAAAACAAGGAUUAUUCUAUCUCAUGCUAAAAUCAGGCCUAUUCUGGGCGGAACUAACUUUUGCUGACCAGUAAUUGCAUUCGUGCCUGUUUAUUAUGCAGAUAUCGGCUGGUUCAAAACUUUGGAUUGGUCCAACAGAUCAUCUGCACGCUACGUGGAAGGUGCAAGAUCUCGAAAGUGAUAUUACCAAGACCGAGUAUUGCGUUGGAACGUUACCAGCUGGAUGUCAAAUAAAGUCCAUGACCGAAAUACUUCCAAACUCAACAAAAGUGCCUUGCGAAGACUGCCGCCUGAAUCAUUAUGGGACGUACUUUAUCAGCAUUAGAGUGACUAAUGGAGCAGGGCUUUCCACUGUGACAGCAACAAACGAAACGAAAGUUGAUAUGACUGCCCCUGUCCUCUAUGAUGUAGUUCCCCAGUUUAGUUUUAUUUCUUGCAUUUCGAGUUGUAACUUGGUUACAAAUAUCACUGGUGUGCGAGACGAAGAAAGUGGUGUCCGAUCCUGCAGCUAUGCCAUCAGAAACAGCAGUUUUAUGAUAACGGACUUCGUUGAUAUUGGACUGAACACAACCGUGGAAGCUACAGAUCUAGAGCUGAUGAAUGGGCAACAGUAUUACACUGUGGUAAGAUGUGAAAACAGUGUUGGACUUACCACUGAGAGAGUCUCUUCUCCUGUUGUUGUUGACAACACACCUCCUUCAAAGGUAUGGAAUCUUCCUCACAUUUGAAAAAUUUAUAUUUUAUCGAAAUGAAAAUGAAGUGAUUGUUACUGAGCACCUAAUUUCAAUUUAGGCUUCUUGCCUGAUGGAGGCGAAAAAAUCAAUUGCCAUUGAAAAACACAUAGUAAUCCUUUAUGUUGUACCAGUUUGUCCCAAAUGGUUGUUAUGUCGUGGCCUUUGAGAUAUUUCACUAUAUCAAUUUCUUUAUCGUCCCUGGUCAGUUUCUUAACGUCUUGCUAGUAUUGUAUAGGAUUGGUCGCUCUUAAAACCCGUCAAUAAAGGAAGAAAUGCUAUAUAUGGCGUGUUUUAUCGUUUUAGAGUGUCAAAAUAGCAACCAGGACGUAAGUGAAUUAUCCCGUAGACGAUAAAAACCUUGAAUAAAAUGAGUGAACAAGGCUUCGAUCUUGUUUAUCCCCCACUUUACUGAGAACACGUAAAAAUAAAAUGAGUAAAAAUCGCCGCCCUCUAGGAAGGAAACGCGCGUUUCAGUUUCUCCCUUUACUACAGUUUUGAGAAGUAAAAGGGACUGCUCGUAGACCUUCAAUCUCAGUUGCCUGAUGCACCAACAAAUAUGAAUCGGAUUUGGAAGCAGCAAGCGUGUUCGUAGCCUGAAAAAACAGCCGACAUCUCGCGACACCACUGGUUUCCUCGAGAAAUGACGUCUGAGGUACGACUGAAAAAGUUCACCACCUAUCCGGAUCCGGGUAGUGCUUCUGAUUGGUUGAAGCAAAUUUCCCUCGCGGCGCAGACCUAUCAGAAGCUCUACCCAGGUCUGGGUAGUGACUUGUCACUUGAGUAUGGAAUUUUUGCAGGUAUUGGCCGUCCACAGACGUCAUUUCGUGGGGAAGCCUGUGGUGGCGUCUCGAAAUGUUAGCUGUUUUCUCAGGCUAACGUGUUUGCUUUAAUAAUGUUCCUUCCCAUGUAUCUUUCUAUCAUGACCUCCUAACUUAUUGUACAUUGCACCCUAAUAAGAGACAAAAAGGGACAAACACACUCUACCUCAAUUUUACAGGGCUUGGUGAUUGUGAGUGAAGACCGUACGCAUGACGUUUUUGGCGUACAUUCCAGUUGUCAUCUGUUCAACAAAACACUGCGGGCUCAUUGGUACGGUUUUAACGACAAUGAAUCAGAAAUCAGUGACUUUCGAGUAGCAGUUGGUAGACAGCCCAAAGCGUCCGACGUCUUGCAAUUCCAUAAAGUUGGCUUGGUCACCGAUGUUUAUCUUCCUUUAACCAACAGUACAUUUGAUGGUGACAUCGUCUAUGUGACAGUGGAGUCACGCAAUUCGGCUGGUUUGGCAACGCAGAGUUCGUCACCUGCUACAAGGCUAGUUGCCGCCGAUAGUGAGGAGUACAUUAAGCAGGGAGAUUUUUACUGCCUGAACGUUUAAGAAAAACUGAUUAUCGCUAAAAUUUCUAAUGCAACAAAACUGUAAUGUAACUUCUUUUAUCGUCUCAAAGAUUUCUUGUAGGGACACCUGGAGUGAUUUCCUUUAAUUAAUGGAAACUAGCUAUUCACAACAGAUUCAGGAAGAGUGAUAAAGAUAUUGACCGGUUUUUAGGCGAGCAAAAAGGGGUGGGGCGGGGGUCUCGAAGAAUCGAAAGCUUAAACUUUGAGAUGGGCCAGCGAUACCUCUCUGUUCGGGGGAAUUGUUUUGAUGAGAUCUGGCCUGCCUUGGGUUAGCUUUUGCUGAAGGAGUCUACCACUUGACUAACCAUUAGAAGAUUAAUGGGUCGCUUUAGUUAACAAAGUAACUUAAGUAACCGGGACGUUGAUCCUCAAUAGAUUACAAUGGUAGAGAACGUUUGAAAGACCUGCGUUACUUUUUACAACCAAGCACUACAUCGGGUGUAAGGGUGAAAAAUCGUCUCUUCUUGAACCUGGAAGAUAAAAAACUGUUUAAAGGGAAGUUUGGGCAAAGGCCGAUAGGGGAAUCACUUCUCCUCAUUCUUUCCAACUUCUUCCGCAACCCUCUCGUAAUGUUUUCGAAAGCUUUAAUUGCUUAAAAUGUCAAGUUAGCAGUAAAUGAAAAAGAUUUUGGAGCUAUUUCAUAGCCAUUGAUACGUAUAUGUUUGGUAUAGAACGUUGCCUUUAAUGGACUUUAAAUUUUCAAGCCUAGGAAUAUAUAGAACAAUGGAGUCAGUCAUGGGUGUGUUGUGUUAAAAUAGAAUAUGAUAACUCUCGAUCUUAAGUGGGCUUCUGUACUCCUCGACUACGAACGAGGCCCCAAAAAGUAUGUGGUAAAAGUUGUACUUUCACUACAGCAAAAACUUAAACUUUUUUGUAUGUCUUUAAAUAACUUUCUCUUAGGGACGGACCAUUUAAGUUUUGUGGCGGA